AUGUCUGCCAACCCAGAUUCCGUCACCAACCAGGGCGAAUUCCACUCCCGCGUCCCUCCAUCCAAACCGAUGACAACCUCUGGUCACCAACUCGGCCAACAAACCGGCAACGAAGCGAUCCCCGAAUUCCGCGCCGAAACCCACACCCCCGGCACCGCCCCCUCCAAGGACACCUACCAGCCCAACCCGCUGCACACCACCCCCGGCCAGGCGCUCAACCCGGACGCAUUUCGCCCCGAAGCCGCCGGCCACACAGGCGCCCUCGACAUGCCGGGCGCCACCAGCGGCGACGUGCACAGCGCGUCGACGUUUGCGCGGCCCAUGGAGGGGCAGACGGGCCGGGAGCUGCACGGGGCGCAUGCCGUGGGCAAGCGUAAGAAGGAGAGGAGUGGGCUGGAGGGGGUCGGUGCGACGGAUAAUAGGGAGGAGGAGACGGUGGAGGGGCGGGCGAGGGCGCUGGGUGCGGAUUUGCCUGAGGGGGUGGAGCGGGGGGUGAAGGUCAGCGGGCCGGGGGCGGAGGAGAGGGUGCCGGUGGGUGCGGAGGAGGUCGCGGCGGAGAGGGGACGGGGUUGA